AUGAAUUUACAUGACUCUUCACCGUCGACACAUCUGGACAUGUUCCCGUCGUUACCAUUAACACCACAACAAGUGACUGCUUAUUGUCAACAGCGCUGGGUUUGGAAAUUCACGAGCAAUAUUAUCUUCUCCAACGGGAAUUUGGAUCCUUGGGCUGAAGGGGGCAUUCUGAAGGACUUGUCCGAUUCGGUUGUGGCUUUCAACAUCCACGGUGGGGCGCAUCAUUUAGAUUUACGGCUGUCUGAUAAGAAUGAUCCUCCGUCUGUGCGUGAAGUCCGGGAUGAAGAACGCCGUCUGAUCCAGCAUUGGAUACAGACGGCAGAACUGUGA